ACACCGGUUUGAGUAACUUGGGACCGAGACUCUCAGUAAAGGCGAAACACGCAGCUGACAGCACAAGCUCCUCAGGCUUGAGACACAAUUUGAUGGCUUUUAUUCUAAGAAGAUGGAGAAGUUUGCUUCUGCUGAAUCUGAUGGUCGCGACGGGGUUUAUGAUUUUCUGGACCAAGUGCAAAUCAAGGACAAUCAAAGGCACAGAACAAGAGAUUUCAGUGCAGCCCCGGAAAGAAGUCCACUCGAACCUAACACUUCAGGGACCUGGGGCUCUUCAGGACACCGUGCUUAAGAGGCUUUCCUUCCUGGAAGAAGUGGUCUACCGGCAACUCAACGGGCUUUCAAAAUCUCUGGGACUUAUUGAAGGCUAUGGUGGCCGUGGGAAAGGAGGCCUUCCUGCUACCCUGAAUCCUGAUGAGCAGUUGAAAGCCAAAGACAUUGCAGAGAAAUAUGGAUACAAUGCCUUCCUCAGUGACAGAAUAUCACUGGACAGAUCUAUCCCAGAUUUUCGCCCUAGCAAGUGUAAAGAGCUCAUCUAUCGAAAAGAUCUUCCACAGCUUUCACUGAUCUUCAUCUUUGUGAACGAAGCCUUGUCUGUGAUCCUGCGCUCUGUCCACACAGCUGUCAACCACACUCCUGCCCACCUCCUCAAGGAAAUCAUCCUGGUGGACGACUACAGUGAAGAUGAGCAGCUGAAAGCUCCACUGGAGGAAUAUGUCAACAAGCGCUAUCCUGGCCUGGUGAAAAUUGUCCGAAAUAAAAAGAGAGAGGGAUUGAUCAGAGCCAGAAUUGAAGGAUGGAAAGCAGCCACUGGGGAUGUCACAGGAUUCUUCGAUGCACAUGUUGAGUUUACACCUUUAUGGGCUGAACCAGUUCUAUCCCGUAUUAAAGAAGAUCAUAAACGGAUAAUUCUCCCGUCGAUUGACAACAUCAAGCAGGACUCAUUUGAACUUCAACGUUAUGAAAAUUCUGGGCAUGGCUACAACUGGGAGCUCUGGUGCAUGUAUAUCAGCCCUCCAAAGGAGUGGUGGGAUGCUGGGGAUGUGUCAGCACCAAUUAGGACUCCAGCGAUGAUUGGCUGCUCCUUUGUGGUGAACAGGAAAUUUUUUGGAGAAAUUGGUUUGCUUGACCCUGGAAUGGAUGUAUAUGGAGGUGAGAAUGUGGAGCUGGGCAUCAAGGUCUGGCUAUGUGGAGGAAGCAUGGAAGUCUUGCCUUGUUCAAGGGUGGCACAUAUAGAGAGGAGGAAAAAACCAUACCACAAUAACAUUGGCUACUUCGCCAGGAGGAACGCCCUGCGAGUUGCCGAGGUCUGGAUGGAUGACUACAAGUCACACGUCUACAUGGCUUGGAACAUGCCGAUGGAAAAUCACGGAAUAGACAUUGGUGACGUCUCCGAGAGGGUGGCCUUAAGGAAAAGUCUGAGUUGUAAGAAUUUCCAGUGGUACCUUGACAAUGUCUAUCCGGAGAUGAGGACGUACAAUAACACCAUUUAUUACGGGGAGCUCCGCAACAGCAAGGCAAACCACUUGUGUGUCGAUCAGGGAAUAAAAGACAAUCACACUGCCAUCCUGUACCCAUGCCAUGGAUGGGCACCACAGCUUUGUAGAUUGACUAAGGAAGGCUUCCUGCAUGUGGGCUCCCUGGGAAGUACGAGGCUUAGCGAGGACACACGCUGCCUGGUAGAUGACGGCGCCAACAACUACCCUCAGCUGCUAAACUGCGAGAAGAUCAGUAAUGUCCGACAGAGAAGCUGGCACUUUAAACAGAACGAGUCAAUUGCAAACGUCGACUCGGGCCGCUGCCUCGAGGUGGUGCCCUCAAAGCUGGCUUUGGCUUUGAACUCAUUCUACAAAGCGGCACGGGACAGAAGUGGAACAUUAAACACAGCAUCAGACAAUGGCAGUAGAACUUUCAUGUCGCAUCAAACCCCUGGCACUCCAUCCUCUUUGCCUCAUGUUUCUGAAUUUUAUUUUUCUAUUCAGAUGGUAGCAGAAACUGGACUCUUUACUGGAAAAUGGGUGUUUUUUUAAAUUUGCCAAUUGUAUUUAUGGGAAAAGAAUGUUGGGGAAAAAUGUAUUUAUCAUGGUGUGGAAACGAUUUAAAAAAAGUGUUUCAGUGUUGGAUGUUGGACAAAAUAAAAAAAAACAAAAAACAAAAACUAUCAAACAUGGCUGUGGUGGAAGGAUGAAUGCAAGAACAAAACCCAGAGAGACAAAUUGAGCCUCCUGUCAUUCCUUUCACUUCUGACAAGGAGCAAAGCAAGCAGAUGCUCUUGGCGGCCACCCCUCACAAUGCUGUGACAAAAUGAAUGUCAAUACAGCAGUGACAACUACCGCCUGACUUGAUGGCACCUCGACACAGAACUGUCAUCAUUUUUGUAUGGACGUAAAAGGAGUUAUAAAUGGUCAAAACAAGGCCCUUCUUAUAAUGCCACUCUUCAGUUUUACAAAUUGGCCUGUCCUGGCUUACUGUACCCCAUUUAGAUGACACAUCUCAUAUGGUGCAGAUUGACAUUUCAGGUUAAUGUUUCACCCUCAAAAGAUGAGCCAUUCAAAAAACACAAAAAGAGCCCCACCGUCAUUCUGGUCCAUGGGAUGCUACGCCUUGGCCGAGCCACACAGGUGCUCUGUAAGUGUACACUUUAUUGUUACAAAAUAUUUACUUCUUCUGCUUCAGUAGGGUAGACAACCCAAGUGGGUGUUAGAGGGGUACCUUAAAUGACACUAUCUCAGGCUAUUCCAGUGGUCACAGCGUCAGGUCUGGCAGCAGCUGCAGGCCCAUUGUGGAUAUCUGAAAGAGAGAUGCUAAGGUAAGAGAGAAGGCUACACAUAGAAAUGAGGUUCUGUCAAGCCUUUGAAAAAACAUUAUUACUGCUAGCAAUAAUAAAACAACUUCAGUUUAUCACAGCACAAAUAACGUGAAAACGGGAUUCCCAGUUUAAAAUCCACUCACCCUGCUGCAUGGCUGCUAGUUGUCCUCCAUAAAGAAACAGAAGCACGACCCUCCAGGUUCUUAAGACUCCCGAACCUGCCGACACAUCCGGCUCCUGGGAUACUGAAAGUAGCUGUGCUUAUCAAAGCAGCCGCUCACUGUUUGUGAAAUUUGGGUUUCUCAUCUCCUCCUUUACAGAUGCCAUUGUUUUCAGAUACGCACGGCUGUCUCAGAGCUGCUGAGUUUGUCUUCCAAUAAAAACUUUCAACACAAGA